ACUCUACGGAAGAUCUCGCUCUCUCGUAAACAAACUUGUAGUUGAUAGAAAAGGAAAAUAUCUUUCGAACAAAAGUAUACGGUUCCACAAAUUUCAUUAUUAUUUACGUUAUGUAGGAAGUCAAAUUUUGUUCGUGUGCCUAGUCGAUUUGUUUUUCUAUCUUUAUUUAUGUAUAGUUAAAUUAAAGCAAGUUUAGUAAUCAUUACUAUUUUUUUCGUAAUUUGUAUUAAUUUAUUAUUUAUAUGUAAAACAGCUAUCAAUCAUUCUAGUUGUAGAAAUGUAGUAAAGAAUCAUUGAAUCGGUGAUUGAGUAUAUUUCGAUCGCCAUUACAUCUAUUCUGCAAGGUGAUACAAGCGUUAUUAAAUUAACGGUGCAAAGGUUUAUCCGUGUCAGUGUGUAUCCCACUAAGAAUUCUUUUUUGAAGGUUUGUUUAAUAUUUAUUUGUAAAAAGAACUUAUUUUUCUUUCAAUUUUGGCGGGAGAGCUGGCACGUUGCGUUACCGUCGUAGAAUAGUGAUCUGUCACCUGUCUGUCGCCCCCUGGCCUCGUCGACAUCGUUAUAGGUUUAUGUUUUAACAGUUCUCACCUGUAAAAUUAGCAGUGCAAUAGUGAAAUUCUUGGUGCGCGAUCGAUGUGGACGUAUGACGAUGCGUCACGAAUAGGCGCAUCGGACAUGGAUAGCAGAAGAGCUUGCCCGAGUUACGAAGCCGGGUUCGACGUGUGUGAUCCUCUGGGAUCAGUCCUGGAGUGGUCAGGGCGGGGACCAGCUCGAGUACUAAGGCGGCGGUGCCGCAGUGAGGGUGUCGACCGCUCUCCAUACGAGGAUGCAAGUCGCGAUUCACAUCGUUCCGCGGACGGCAUACCUCGAUAUAAGGCUCUCCCAAAUAAGAGCCACUUCACUUUAAAUAAUUUGACAGAAAUCCAUUUUGAGCGCUUAACACACGAGUGCACCCUCCCUGCUGCUGAGAACGGCGACUUCAUCAUGGCCCAUGAACAAAACAAGCAUAAUGGGUACCAACCAGGAAGAUCAAAAUUUAGAACAAGUCCCACUAGACCCUUACUUGUAACCACAUUAUCAAAUACAAAGUUAGAUGACAGCCGUCUGCCCAAAGUUGAAGAACUGUUAGAAAAAGUGGAUCAAGAGAUGAUGGAGGUCCAAGUUACGAAACAACCACUGAAAUCAAUUCUUAAUAACCCUUUACCCAAGUCGCCUCCUCAGGGUAUACUAAAAAAACCUAAAACUAGGUUAUGUCAAGACUCCAAGAUUAGUUUAGAAGGUCGGCGGAGACAGAGGGCUUCAAGUGAGUCAGAUAAUCUUUACUGCAGCUUUCAUGUUGGAUCACCCAUACCAGGAUAUGACAGUCGGCUGUCAUAUCUUUCUAAUAACAUGAAGCGUGUGAAAGAUAAUUCUGGAACAGGUUACUCAUAUGGUACUGCUAUUGCCACACUUAGUACCACACCUGUGUCAAAAAGCCCACUAAAUUAUGGCAAAGGCAUGAGGUGUACCUGUAAAGAUCAAGUUGUCAUAUCUGCUAAAGAUGAUGUCCACAAUAUGCAUAUUUUGAGAACUACAGCGAUAAACAGUGACACAGUUGGUGAUAUUCCUAUUAUGGAAAUGCCUCGUCAAGACACCCCGACGCCGACCUGCCCAGCGGUGAGUCCAGCGUUACCUGUUAGUUCCGUGACCGCAAUACCUCAACCCAAGAAGUCGGUGAAGACAGUCAAAAAGAAAAUCAAGCCCAAAGUUAAAGUAGGCAAGAUGAAAUCUAGCAGUAAGAUUGAGUGCAGCGUCGUGGAAGAGGCUGACGAUGCACAUAGUAGAUCGCCAUCGCCCGAUACUAUGGACGCGUGGCCCAUGGAAACGGAUGCUGUGUUAUCCGAUUUUGAAAAACCGGAUAGAGCAUCUCCUAUACCUAGGAGGGAAGAGUUAAAUGAACAUAAUUCCGUUACUAAACUAUCGAACAAAUUGAACGGGACUGUUAUUCUUCCUAAAAAGGUUCCGUCGAAAGACAAGAUGAACAAGGAACAGUUGUUCAUUACAACAUUACACACAACAAAUCCUUUCAAAUCGCUACCGACACGCAAAGAAUCUCCCCUUAACCUGCCAGAGUCAAUAUCGAAUUGUUUAAGGCCGUCCCUCUUCCCUCGAGUGCCCCCAUACCUCAGGUUCGUGGGGCACGAGGACACACAACCCCUUAAGAUCCCUAUGGCGAUCCAGAAGCAUCUUAAAUGGAAAUUAACCACAAUAACUCCUAUAGUUGUUAAGAAGACAUUAACUAAUUCAGGGUUUAGAUUGGUCAAGAGUGAGUGUGACACAGCAGAAUGUCCUCAGGAAGAAACAGUAGAAUGGAUCGGUAUAUGGGGAAAACAUAUGAAGUCAUUGAUGUUCAGAGCAAUAAAAGACGGCCAGAAGAUGAACCAUUUUCCCGGCACAUUCCAAAUAGGCAGAAAGGACCGAUUAUGGCGGAACCUGCAAAAACUAGCCGCUAAGUACGGAGUGAACGAGUUUGGUAUUAUGCCUAAGACUUACGUCUUGCCACACGAUCUGAAGUUGUUGAAACACGAUUGGGAGAAACAUGCCGCCAAUAACGAAAAAUGGAUUAUUAAGCCGCCCGCAUCAGCGCGAGGUACAGGCAUCAAAGUAGUAUCCCGUUGGACGCAAAUACCUAAGAAGCGUCCAGUAGUUGUUCAGAGGUAUGUGUCGAAGCCGUACCUCAUCAAUGGGAAUAAAUUCGACAUGCGCCUCUACGUGCUCGUCACGUCCGUGCACCCGCUCAGGAUAUAUUUGUAUAAGGAUGGACUCGCCAGAUUUGCUUCAGUGAAAUACAAUGACGAGUUGACUUCGUUAAACGAUCGGUACAUGCAUUUGACGAACUACUCCAUCAAUAGACUAUCCAAAAACUACACACCAAACGAAGAUUUCGCAGCUUGCGAGGGACACAAGUGGACACUACAGACCUUGUUCCACUAUCUAAAGACUGAAAAAAAUGUUGACACUGAUGCACUGUGGGACUCGUUGAAGGAUCUGGUUAUCAAAACGAUAAUAUCGGGCGAGGCGAGUAUUAGCUCGCUGACUAAAGCCAACAUCACGUCCAGGUACAACUGUUACGAGUUGUUUGGCAUCGAUGUGCUGCUGGACGAAGAUCUCAAGCCGUGGUUGUUGGAGGUAAACAUCUCGCCGAGUCUGCACAGCGCGUCCCCGCUGGACAUCCACGUGAAGGGUCCUCUCGUGUGUACCGUCCUCAACAUCGCACAGUUCCAGGUCCCGCUCAAGACCAACCUCGAAAUGCUCUCUAAGGAUAAACCUAACAAAUUGGCUGGAUUACCAUAUGAUAGCAGAUUAUAUACCAUAUAUUUAUCAAAAGAAGAAAGGGAUAAACAUAUUAUUUAUACAAAUAUGGAAGAUAGAGAUAUGUAUUUGCGUGACAUCCUGUCAACGCUGACGCCGGACGAUGUGCGGCACCUGGUGCAAGCGGAGGACGAGCUCACGCAGGCGGCGGACAUGCAACGCGUGUUUCCCACGGCACACUCGUACAAGUAUCUGCCAUACCUCGCUGGCCCGCGUUACUAUAACCGGCUGUUCGACGCCUGGGAGACUAGAUACGCGGCCAACAGAGAACCAGGCAUCGAGCUCCUCCGCAACCUGUGUGACAUCGGCUACCAUCUGGAGGUGCCGCCCGUGCCGCUCAAGCCGGCGGCGCCUCAGCUGAGCGCGUUGGAUCGUUGCAGAAUGAUGUGGACGCGCCGUCGCCGGCCGCCUCGGAGCGGCCUUCCGUGCCCUCGCUCGCGCCGCUGGAGCGCGCGGCCUCCGCCUCGCCCGUCGCCAGCUGCGCGGCCGCAGCCGCCGCGUCCGUCCCCGCCGCCCCCGCCGCGGCCGCAGCCCCCGCGCCCCGCCUCUGCGGCGACGCCGUGGGCCGGCCGCCGGCCCCGCCCCCACCCCCGCCCACAGUGGAGCCGCGCGCGUAGCGCCGCGCCCCCGGCCCCCGCGCCCGCGCCGCCCGCCCUGCCGGCCCCGCCCGCCCCACCGGCCCCGCCCGCCCCGCCGGGGGGCAAGCGGGGCCCGUGGCCCUCGGCCGUGGACCUCAACCGGAAUGUGCAUUGCGACGCGACCGAGACCGCCAUCCCAAGGGACCGCAGCGCGGGAAUGUUGAAACUAUACUGAUCUUCUUCAAUUUCACCUGUACCCGGUAACUCGGUCGACGCUCGCGUCUCCAAUACACUCGCCUGCGAAAUUGUUGUGUUUUAAUCGUGAUGACGAUCGUGAAACAAAUUUGAUGUAACGAUCAGUGAAUCCUCGGUGUUCACUGUCCGAUUGGCUGGAACGAGCUUAUUUCACAACGUUGUUAGUCCAGUAGUGAUUUUAAUGUGUCUAUUGUAUGUUUAUGUCACUCGAUAACCCUUAUGGGAGACCUUGUUAGGUUUGUCAUGUAGAAGUUACUGUUACAUCCUGCCUCCAUAUCGAUGCAUUCUUGAAUUUUUAACAUUCCUUAGUGACUACUACAGUGCUUCACUUUAACACUUUCAAUCUUAGAACCAUAAUAGCGUAAUUAUUUAGAAAAUUAAAAGUAAUGUAAUAUAAUUAAAUAACUAUAUAGUGUAUACCUUAUCGAACAAUAAGGAACAAGUCACAAGUGAAGAUAUCGAGAUUACAGUGGUUCUAGGAACGGUAAUCCUUUGGAAGUGGAAUAAUUCUAUAUAAGUGAAAUUGCUGUAGUUAGCCCCUAUUGCUCAUGAUACAUAGUAAUACAUAUUUCUCUUCAUGUUAUAAUGAGAUAGUGAAUAAAUUAUAAUAAAAAAGCGAAAACUAGAAAGCAUAUUAGGUAUUUCAUUAAGAAAAUAGAUCGAUACGAUAUUAAUGUUCAAUGUAAUUGUAAACGUAAGACAAAAUUCAAAGAAUGAGAACUAGAUUAUAAAGUUAUGGGAUCGUUGUAGGUUUUGUUGGGUUCCAAUCAUGUUUAAUAAUAAAUUUAUGAUUAUUAUUUUUUUAAAUAUUUAAUUGAUUAUUUUCUUGCAUAAAUUAUUUUAGGUUUUGUGUAAACAAACAUUUCGUUAAUGUAGAAAUCUCCAUAUAUGCAGAUCGAAAUCGAAAUUGCAUUAGCUUGACUUUUUUUUAUAUUUUUUUUUGUCGUCUAUCAAUCCAUAUUUUUAAUAUAUUUUUUAUUUUCCAUAAAUAUGGGUUAAAUAUCGACAAAAAUUUUGGGAACCAUAUAGUAGGAUCACAGUGAACAACAACUAGUGAUCUGAAGUUUCCGUGUUCCCAGUGAUUUCCUCCGUUAAACUCCUAUUUUUUUAAUGGCUAACAUUCGAAUGGUUAAAUGUUGAACCACACCUAUGUUAUCGGCAUAUACUGGCGGGGCAUCAGUUAGGAAUGAUAGGUGAGGACGUAAACAGGUCACAACCCAUCGCGACGCAAUCCACAAGAAUUACCUAAGUUGGUUUCCAAAAGUAACCGCGUGGAG